UUUUAACCUGCGUGCCUCACAAAAAUUAAAAAAAAGAAACUGUUACAAAUCCAAACAAACUGAGCUGUUCUGCCCCAUCUCUCUCCUCAACUUUCCAGACACAUAUUCAUCUCUCUCUCUCUCUCUCUCUGCUGAAUGCUGAUAAUGUAAACACAAAAAAGCUACUACAUUUUUGCUUAUUUAUCUUCCUCAACUGUCAAAUUUAAACUACUUUCAUGGCUUCUUUUACCUCUCUCUCACUUCUCCUCUGCAUUUCUCUCUUCUUGAGCUACUCUCUUGCUGAAGAUGAUACUAUUACUUACAAUUUUGAGGUCUCUUACAUAACUGCUUCUCCUCUUGGUGUUCCCCAACAGGUGAUUGCUAUUAAUGGCAAAUUUCCAGGGCCUGUUAUUAAUGUUACUACAAACAACAAUGUUGAAGUUAAUGUUAGGAACAAGUUAGAUGAGGAGCUACUAAUGACUUGGGAUGGUGUUCAGCAGCGGCGAACAUCUUGGCAAGAUGGAGUGCUGGGCACUACCUGUCCAAUUCCUCCAAAGUGGAAUUGGACUUACAAUUUUCAAGUGAAAGACCAGAUUGGGAGUUUCUUUUACUUCCCUUCGCUCAAUUUUCAAAGGGCGUCGGGCGGUUUUGGUGGCAUUAUAAUUAAUAACCGGGCUGUUAUCCCAAUCCCUUUUGCCACCCCACAUGGAGAUAUUCCAAUUAUGAUUGGUGAUUGGUACACUAGCAACCACACGGCACUGAGAAGGACUCUUAACGGUGGGAAAGAUCUUGGCAUGCCAGACGGUGUACUUAUUAAUGGAAAAGGACCCUAUAGAUAUAAUGAUUCACUAGUGCCUGAGGAUAUUGACUAUCUAACAAUCGACGUUCACCCUGGUAAAACUUAUCGACUUCGUGUCAGCAAUGUCGGGAUAUCAACUAGUUUGAACUUCAGAAUUCAGGGCCAUAACCUGUUAUUAGCUGAAACUGAGGGAUCAUAUACAGUACAACAGAAUUACACUAGCUUAGAUAUUCAUGUCGGACAAACAUACUCUUUCUUGUUAACUACUGAUCAGAAUGCAAGUACUGAUUAUUACAUAGUGGCAAGUGCAAGAUUCGUAAAUGAAUCCGUUUGGAGAAGAGUUACUGGUGUUGGCAUUUUACGCUAUUCAAAUUCGAAAGGAAAGGCAUCUGGGCCCCUCCCGGAAGCUCCACAGGAUCAGUUUGAUAAAACAUUCUCGAUGAACCAAGCUAGGUCCAUCAGGUGGAAUGUGUCUGCCAGUGGUGCUCGUCCAAACCCACAAGGUUCAUUCAGAUAUGGCUCGAUCAGUGUGACAGACGUCUACGUACUGAAAAAUAAGCCACCUGUGACCAUUGAUGGAAAACGACGUACAACACUCAAUGGACUCUCAUUUGAAAAUCCUCAUACACCAAUCAGACUUGCUGACCGAUACAAAGUGAAGAAUGUUUACACGGCUGAUUUUCCCACUGGGCCAAUUACAGGACCACCGAAGAUGGAAACAAAGAUUAUUAAUGGCACAUUUAGAGGUUUUAUGGAAAUAAUUUUUCAGAACAAUGAUACUAAGAUGCAAACUUACCACAUGGAUGGAUAUGCCUUUUUUGUGGUUGGGAUGGAUUACGGUGAGUGGUCAAAUAGCAGUAGGGGAACAUAUAAUAAGUGGGAUGGAAUUGCUCGCUCAACGACACAGGUUUUUCCUGGCGCAUGGACAGCUGUUUUAGUCUCACUUGACAAUGUUGGAAUUUGGAAUUUAAGAGCAGAGAACCUGGAUACAUGGUAUCUAGGCCAAGAAACGUAUGUAAAGGUUGUCAAUCCGGAACCUACUAACAAAACAGAGUUGCCCAUCCCAGAGAAUGCCCUAUUUUGUGGUGCUCUUAGCAAACGACAAAAGCCACAAGACAUUUCUUCUGCAACAUCAGUCACAAGCACCGAGUCAAAGAUUCUGAUCACUCUGCUGCUGUUGAUAUGCACAUUUGUAUCCAUGUUCCAGUAAGCAUUUUCGUGCAUUAUGCAAAUUUUAAGUAGCCGCGGGAGCAUCACUUGCUUAUUUUGUACUUGUGAGUGUCAUUUAGGUUUUCAAACUUCUGGCUUGUUGAUAGCAAACUUAAAUUAGUUCUUUUUUGUUCCCAUGCACUAACAGCUCCCGGGAAUCUGUCUAUUUAUUUGGAUGAUCAUUCUUUUGUUGCCCUAUUUAUUUAUUUAUUCUUGUAAUGGCUAUUCACCAAAUAUUUAUUACAAUUUCAAAUUGUGUAUCA